AUGGACACAAGAAAACUAUUACCCCUUUUAAGGGCUUGUGUGAAUUCCAAGUCACUGAAGCAAGGCAAGCUCAUCCAUCACAAAGUUGUAACUUUUGGUUUGCAGAAUGAUAUUUUUGUGAGCAAGAGCUUGAUUAACUUAUAUGUUUCUUGCCGUUUGCUCGAUUAUGCACAGCGUGUUUUUGAUGCCGUUGAAAACCCUUGUGAGGUAUCUUUAUGGAAUGGCCUUAUGGCAGGUUACACUAAGAAUUACAUGUAUGUGGAAGCCUUAGGACUUUUUGAUAAGUUGAUGCAUUAUCCUUAUCUGAAGCCUGAUAGUUAUACUUACCCUAGUGUUCUUAAAGCCUGCGGCGGGCUUUGUAGAGUUGUCCUGGGACAAAUGGUACAUACUUGUUUGAUAAAAACUGGUUUGAUGGUGGAUAUCGUAGUUGGAAGUUCUCUUGUGGGUAUGUAUGCUAAAUGUAAUUCGUUUGAGUAUGCUAUACAGCUGUUUGAUGAAAUGCCUGAUAAGGAUGUGGCGUGCUGGAAUACGGUGAUUUCUUGUUAUUAUCAAAGCGGAAAAUUUGAUGAAGCUCUAAGAUACUUUUGCAUGAUGAGAAGAUAUGGAUUUGAGCCGGAUUCGGUUACAAUCACAACCGCUAUUUCGUCGUGUGCUAGGCUUUUUGAUUUGGACAGAGGGAGGGUAAUACAUAAGGAGUUGAUUAAUAGUGGGUUUCAGCUGGAUUCUUUUGUUAGCUCUGCACUUGUUGACAUGUAUGGAAAAUGUGGUCACUUAGAAAUGGCUAUUGAAGUUUUUGAGCAAAUGCCUAAAAAGUCAGUUGUUGCUUGGAAUUCCAUGAUUACAGGAUAUGGUUUCAAAGGUGACUGUUUUUCAUGUAUUCAACUUUUUAAGAGAAUGUACAAUGAAGGAGUCAAACCAACUUUGACUACUUUGAGCAGUAUAAUAAUGGCUUGUUCACGAUCAGGGCAGCUACUAGAGGGAAAGUUUGUUCAUGGAUAUAUAAUACGCAACAGAAUACAACCUGAUAUUUUUAUUAACAGUUCACUUAUGGAUCUAUACUUCAAAUGUGGAAAGGUUGAGUCAGCUGAAAACUUCUUUAAAUUGAUACCAAAGACAACAGCAGUUUCUUGGAAUGUUAUGAUUUCUGGAUAUGUGACUGAAGGGAAACUUUUUGAAGCACUUGGCCUCUUCAGUGAAAUGAGACAAUCAUCUGUUGAACCAGAUGCUAUUACUUUCACCAGUGUUUUAGCAGCUUGUUCGCAACUAGCAGCACUAGAAAAGGGUAGAGAGAUCCACAAUCUGAUUGUUGAGAGAAAUUUGGGAAACAAUGAAGUGGUUAUGGGGGCUCUCCUUGAUAUGUAUGCAAAGUGUGGUGCUGUAGAUGAAGCAUUUGGUGUUUUCAAAUGUUUGCCAGAAAGAGAUCUGGUGUCCUGGACUUCCAUGAUUACUGCUUAUGGGUCUCAUGGUCGGGUUUCUGAAGCUUUGGAGCUUUUUGCUAAAAUGCUGCUGUCAAAUGUAAAACCAGAUAGAGUUACUUUUCUUGCCAUUUUGUCUGCAUGUAGCCAUGCUGGAUUUGUUGAUGAUGGAUUAUAUCAUUUCAAUCAAAUGAUCAAUGUUUAUGAUAUCACAGCUAGAGUUGAACAUUAUUCAUGCUUGAUUGCUCUUCUUGGACGUGCUGGAAGAUUGCCCGAAGCAUAUGAGAUUCUACAAAGAAACCCUGAAAUCAGGGAUGAUGUUCAGCUGUUAAGCACCUUAUUUUCUGCGUGCCGUUUACACAGAAAUCUUGACUUAGGGGUUGAAAUUGCAGAAAAACUUAUUGAUGAGGAUCCUGAUGAUUCAUCAACAUAUAUUAUCUUAUCGAAUAUAUAUGCUUCUUUUGGUAAAUGGGAUGAGGUACGGACGGUGAGAUCUAAGAUGAAAAAGCUUGGAUUAAAGAAGAACCCGGGGUGUAGUUGGAUUGAGAUUAACCAGAAGAUUGUGCCUUUCUUUGUCGGAGACAAUUCAAACUAUCAUGUAGAAGUGAUUAAUAAGUGCCUUUCAUAUCUCUCUAGUCACAUGGAAGAUGAGUGUAAACCAGUUUAUCUAUCACUUUGA